CAGUUCCAGCCAGCAUCUUUUCCGCCUGCUAUUCAAGAGUCCCAAGUGCCAUUUCCUACCACGGAGGUUUUUCCAAACGUGGCGGGGACAACAGCCGUUCAACAGUUGACCACAGAGGUCCCUGUGGUUGGUUCUUCUCCUGUUGGCAAUACCUCAGCUGGGGAACAGGUUGCUCAAGUGGUCCAGUCACUCCACUCUUCAUUGACAGUUUUUUGGGUAUCCCCAUGGCACCAGAGAAAACUGUGGGCUCAUCGACAACACUUGCUUUUGCGGGCAUUGAGCUGGAUACAGUUCUCAUGGAGGCCCGUUUACCACAAGAGAAGCUGGACAAAUGUCGGGAUCUUCCAUCAGCAUUUCUUGGUAGGCGUAAGGUAACUCUUAAGGAGAUUCAGUCAUUGACCGGUUCGCUCAAUUUCGCCUGUACAGUUGUUGUCCCAGGUCGAGCUUUCUUACGAAGGUUAAUUUAUUUGACUAUUGGGGUACGGAAACCUCAUUUUUUGAUUCAGCUUUCUAAAGAGGUUAAGGAAGAUCUCUUGGUUUGGCAAUCGUUUGUCUCAGCUUUUAACGGGCGCUCCUUUUUUCUGGCUGAUCGGUGGACCAAUUCUCACCAGCUAGAACUGUACGCAGAUGCCUCUGGUGCCCUGGGUUAUGGUGCGGUUUUGGGAACACAUUGGUGUUAUGGCCAAUGGCCACAUAGCUGGCAUCAUUUCAAUAUUGCGGUUUUAGAGCUUUACCCAAUUAUUUUGAUUCUGCAUCUAUGGGGCCAUGACGUGCAAAAUCAAAAGAUCCUCUUCUUUACUGAUAAUGAGGCCUUGGUUCAUGUUAUCAAUAAGCAGUCAUCCCGGGAUAAGAACAUGAUGUUCUUCGUGCGGAGGCUGGUGCUUGUGCGUUUGGAAAAGAAUAUUUGUUUUGAAGCAAAGCAUAUACCGGGUGUGCACAAUGUUCUUGCUGAUGCUCUUUCUCGCUUAAAAUUGCAGACCUUCAAACAACUAGCGCCAGCCUACAUGAAUGUUCAUCCCACAGAGAUUCCUUAUCACCUCCUACCUCACAGUUGGCAUCAGUGACCUCCUAUCUGCUGCAUUCA